AGAGCCUGCUAUGCAAACCCUGCUUUCACUGCAUGUCACAGAUGGACAUUAAAUAUAUGAUCUAUUCACGUGUGGUUCGCUCUUAAGUUCCAUUUACACAGAUAUCGCUCAUCUGAACACAAAGCAAAUGAUGCUAACUGCUUUAGCGUCUCCUUUUAUUUAGUUUAUUUUCUCUUGUCGGUUUCUGCAACGAAGCAGUUAAAUGAACUCGUAUAAAGAACUCUGCAAAUUAAAGCUGCAGAAACCAGAGAAAAUGAGUGAUGGAUUGGUUCAACUGCAAUCCAGCUCUCACCAUAAAAAUCUGCUCAAUGCCAUGUGGAAGCUGAGGACCAUGGGAAACCUGUGCGACAUCACGGUGCAGGUGGAUUUUCAAGGAGAGCUGGAGGAGUUUGAAGCCCAUCAGGUGGUCCUCGCCGCAUCCAGCGGUUACUUCGAGUCCCAUCUGUUAGCUAAUGACCAAGUGAAAAAGAUAUUCUUGUGUGACUUCUUACCACAUGCAUUUGAGAAAUUCUUAGAGUAUGCGUAUUUUGGAAAAAUCGAGGUGGAGAAGAGUUACAUCAGCACCGUACUGCAAAUGGCUAAACUCCUGAAGUGCCAGGACUUAGUGGAUGCUUGCGAGGCAGAAAUUCCCAGCGGCGUUUCAGAUGAAACUCUGCAGAAAGAUGGCGUGAGUUCAAAUACUGAAGUCAAGACAAAACAAGAACCUGUGAAAAGAGCGAUGAAGAGAAAAAAGUCUUUAAAAGUGCCUGAAAAUGUGAAGGAGAUGGAACCAGACAGGAGAAGCUGCAGGUUAGCGGGUCGCAGAGUGUCUGUUCCCGAGGCAGAAUCAUCGCAGGACGCACUGGAUGAAAAAGACACUGGGUCUGAAUCAUCUCCUGAUGUCCCAGAGGAAGACCCUCAAGAAUCAGACUUCCAGCCUGAGGAAAUGGACGAGGCCGAUGAAGCCGAGAAGGAAAUCAAGAGAGGAACCGCAAAGUACAGAUGUGAGAAAUGCAGCCGUUCCUUCUAUUACGAGAAGAGCUACCUGAAGCACUUGAAGGUCAACCACGGGGUCCAGAUGGACACCACGUUUCGCUGUGACAUCUGCCAGCAGACGUUCGCCAACCGCUGCAACCUGAAAAUCCACCAGCGCCACGUGCACAACGACGAGAGGCUCUUUCCCUGCGAGGUCUGCAACAAAACCUUCAAGCGCAAGAAGGAUGUGACCCGGCACAGGCGGCAGGUGCACGAGGGCGGCACGGACAGACACUACUGCCACAUCUGCGGCAAAUCUCUGAGCUCCAAAACUGCCCUGACGCUGCAUGAGAGGACACACUCGGGGCACAAACCCUUCAAAUGUGAUGAGUGCGGAUCCAGAUUCUCCCAGAGUUCAGCGCUCAAGACACAUCAAAGGAUCCACACCGGAGAGAAACCUUUCGCCUGUGACCUCUGUGAUGCCAGAUUUACCCAGAACCACAUGCUGUCUUACCACAAGAGAUGCCACACAGGUGAAAAGCCGUUCAUGUGUGAGAACUGUGGGAAGAGCUUUGCAUCCAAAGAAUACUUGAAACAUCACAACAGAAUCCAUUCAGGAUUCAGACCCUACAAAUGUGAAACCUGCGGAAGAGCGUUUGCUCUGAGGAACUCCCUCCACCAGCAUAUGAAAACACACACAGGUGAAAGGCCAUAUCAUUGCAAGGACUGUGAUAAACAGUUCACUCAACUCAAUGCCCUGCAGAGACAUCAGAGAAUCCACACGGGAGAGAAGCCGUACAUGUGCAGCAUGUGUGGAAGAACGUUUACUGACAAAUCCACCGUACGCCGACACACCCUGACCCAUGACCAACAAACUCCAUGGAAGAACUACCUGGUUGUUCUGAAGGGAAAUGUUGAAGACAGAGCCAAGAAACCGAAAGGCUCUUCUCAGAAGAAGGACAAGGCAUCUGUCGCUGCUUCUGAAGCGCAGGCUCCUGAGAGCAACGCACAGAAGACCCAAGAAGUGGUGGCUGUGUCCGGAGAGCCCGUGACCAUUUCCGGAGACUGGGCCGGACCUGGAACCAUCGCGCUGGUCAGCCACACGGCCCUGGGCAGCCUCACGGUCAUCCAGACCGAAGUUCCCGCAGGCACGCAACUGCAGCCCUUAGUCACCACGGACGGCACCAGUGUGAUCUCUCUGGAUGCUUCUGCGGUCGGGAUGCCUGUGACCGUUCCCUUUUCCAUCCCCAUUUCAGUCGCGCAUUCCAUCGGCGUGUCCCCUUCGAUAUACGGUUCUGUGCCCAUCACCGUGGCCGGUCACGUUUCAGACGCCAUACUGGCUCCGGCAACCACUGAAGCUGAAGCAACAGAGAACGGUCUGGCUUCGGCUGAGUGUGUGUCGGUCCAGGCUGUUACGGUGGGAGAAACGGACUGUGCAGACACCCAACAGGAAGUCAGCGAAAGCAUACAGACUGCAGAGGCUUCAAACAACAUGGAAAUCUCAGUAGGAGAGUAGAUGCUACCUGCUUCAGUUGCAAAUACUCGUUAAUCAUGAUCGCAAUCAAGCUUUGCUUUAAAUUAUCAGCUGUAAAUACACUUUUGCUUUAUAAAACCUUCUAUAAUGUGUGUGUAACUAGUACAAUUCUUGAAUCACAAUGUUCAAUUCUGCUCAGGUUUGUUUUUGACAACAUAUACGAUUUCCAUUUCCAUUUCCAGGGAACGUCUUGUCAUUAAAUAGUUUUUUUAGUGAUUCUUGUAAAAACAAACAUUUGCUUUUUGUUGUCAGUAAUGCUUAUUGCUGAUAUUUAUUAUGUUCAACACUACAUCAAUGUGAACUGCAUAUUAUUAACACAAUACUUCAUUUUUAGUACCCUAUUACAUGUAUAAUGA